AAUAAUCUGCGCUAGCAACAAUGACCGGCUACAACGCUUGAGGGCGACUGUCGCAAAUGGCUGCAACAGCCGUGACAGCCGUGACAUUACAGUCGUUACAACAACACUAGUACUUCAAUGUUGACAUCAAGCCCUAGUUCUGCGUUAUGGAAUAGGGACGGGUCAGCUGCAGCAGCUUCCGCGACAGAAAUGAACUCGCGAUUAUGGCUCGGUCUCCUGGUCGCAGUCAUAUAUGGGGCUGUGGCUGUGGCGGCAAACUUCGUGAAUAAAUACGCGGUGCUGGUGUUCCCACUGCCCACGGCCAUUUUGCUCAUGCAAACGGUGACGGCCAUGGUCCUACUGCGUGUGGCGGCUGCGUUGGGCUUCACGACCGUACCUCGCCUGGGCAAGAUUCGGGUGUGGAUGCUGUUGCCCCUCACAAUCUGCUACGCAGCCCACGCUGUGCUCGUGCUUUACUCGCUGGCGUUCUUGUCGGUGCCCAUGUACAACACGCUUAAGCGCUUGACACCAGUUAUUGUACUGGUGAUGAAGGGGGUCAUGGACCAGCGCAUGCCGGACAUGGCUACAACGCUGUCUGUGCUGCUGAUUGUCGGUGGCUGCCUGGUAGCUGGUGCUGGGGAUCUUUCCUUCGAUGGGAACGGCUACUCCCUAACGGCGUUGUGCGCGCUUAUGCAAGCCACCUAUAUCCUACUUGCGGAGCGCCUUGGUAGUGGUGGUAGUACUAGCAGUAGCCGCAGCGGCAGUGCACAUGGGCCGGCGCAUACUGCUCGGGCGCACAAACAGCGGGAGGUGGCGUCAGCAGGAGGCCCAGGCUCUGACGUUGAUAGCGCGGAGGCCGGGGGCUCGCACGGGCACACGCAGUCGCAUCAUCACCAUCACGGCGCAGGUGGGCUAUUGUUUGAGGCGGACGUCGCACACAGCACGGGCGUGGAGCUGCAUGCCAAUGCACAUCUGCACAGUACGCCGCACACACACGGGCCUGCCUGCCACCAUGCGCACGGACGCGCAAGCCCCCUGGCACACAUGACGAACGUCGCAUCGGGACCUCCAGGGUUCGAAGAAGACGGCGGAAGCAAAGGUCCGCUGGGACCUAUCGAGCUGCUCUACAGCAUUUGCGUCAUCGCCACGGUGCCGCUGAUUGUUGCGUCGCUCAUAUCAGGCGACGCCGCGGCCGCCCCUACGCUGCUGAAAGAGCUGCAUGAGAGCAUGGGCUACGUGGGGUUCAUGACAUGGCUCGUGGUGACGGCCGUGAUGGAGGGCCUGCUGACGGGUAUGGUCAUUCUGUGCACGCAGCUAAACAGCGCGCUGACGACCUCAGUGGUGGGCGUGCUCAAGGGCGUCGUGAGCAGUGUGCUGGGGUUCUUCCUGUUGGGGGGCGUCAAGUUCCACAUUGUAAAUGUUGCGGGCAUGGCCAUGAACAUGGCGGGUGGCGUCUGGUACUCAUUUGCGCAGGUGCUGAAGGGCAAAUCCGCCAGCUAGCGCAGAAGAUACUGGGCCAUGUGUACUACUUGCCUUGGUGUGGCUUCUGUGCCUGCUUACGUGCCGCAUGUUUUGGGUUACGGGCACUUUGAGAUGCGUCAACACGCGCCCUAGCUCGGAAUGUGCCAUAUUUGGCCCACUUUUGGCCCAGACCGCUACAGGGCUUCCUAGGCGCCCACGCUUGCCUAAAUAUUGAUGUAAGCACUAUAUAAGAUUAUUGCACGGGUUGGGGGUCAAAAGGGCGCGGUGGGCGAGUGGAUUCUGGGGGCCGGGUUCUGGGGGGAAAACUGAGGGGCGACCCCAAAUUGGCCCACCGGGCCGCGAGGCGUUUUGGUCAUCCCUGCUGGCGAUUUGCCGAUUUCGAUACCCUAUAGAUGUCAUAUGAGGAUUGUUGCAACCGUCCGGGCAGGAUUGGGAGUGUUCUGGAUGCACAUUGCGCCUUAAAUGCUCAGCAUGUUGUUUUGUUUGUCGUCUGCAGGCGCAUUCUGGCUUGCACAAAUCACUAAAGGACAAACAUCAUAAGAUAUUAAAUGCGCAGACCAGGCAACCUGCAGUCCGUCUGCUCCACAUGCCAUAUCUCGCUUAGGCGGUCUUUUGUUCCUGGAUUUCAUGCUGUCGAGUUAUCUGCACACUUAGAUGUAAGCUAGAUAGCUUCGAGGCGAAUUGGCUGGGUCCUAGCGAGCGCGACAUUUGACAUUUUGACUUCUGUUUUCGCUAAAAUUUAAGUCCAGAAACCGUCCAGAGACCUUUACGUAUGUCACAUGAUGCUUUUUCGAUGCUAUAGGGGCCUGGAAUCAUGCAGUCCCCAGGCAGUGCAGUGGCACUUGCCGGAGUGGCACCCGCCGCACCGAGCCCGGCAGGGCCAGCCCUAGUUUACCCAUUUAAGCUUGCUAAGCUAUCACUUACAUGUAAAUGAUAAUAUAUAUGCAGAGAACUGGGCGGUCAGGCAGGCUUUUGAAGACCAGGGCGUGGGCUCUGGCGAGUGGGCCAAAUAAUCGGGCGGGCGCACAGGGCCGUUUUCGGGGACUGCUCGGGAAUCGGCCUCUUACUGGCCUCCCAGUCCUUGGAUAAUCCUUAUAUAAUAUAACCAUGCAAUAUUAAAUCAGGCAGGCUCUGAAUCCGUGCGGGCCAGCCGCACGGGCAAGUGGGCCAAAUUGGGGUAGGCGGGCAAUUAGGCACAUUCCGAGCUAGUGGCUUGCAUUGUGUCGGGGUGCGCCACUGUCUGCUAGCCAAAUAUUGGUUGGACGCACGUAGCCAGCGAACGUGUGUUAAGAUGCACGUUUGGAACACGGUUGGGUUAUCCAGCAUAUAUCAGGGUCGAUGAACGGCUCACGCCGGGGUAGGGGCACGCCAAUUUGCCCACGCCCGGGGUAGGGGCCAUGGCAUGGGUGAAUUCGCGACUAUGGCAAUUUGCGCUAAUUCGGGAAUUAGUGCGCAACUUUGUUAGGCUGUCUUGGACGCCCAGCAUAAUUACAUUUAUGCGACCGGACGCUUCUUUACUUGUUGUCAGUGUUAGAGCCUGUCCGCGGCACAAGUUCGGCCAGCACGACCGUCAAAUCCCUUUGUAGCGCUCUAAUGACCCCAAGCAAGGUUGCAGCAAACUUAGGAGUCAAUAUAGAGAUGGUAGUAGGCGGUAUCUGGGGCUGAAAGCCGUGGAAUGCGCGGCUGCACAAAUUUGCCAAGUUGCGUUCUUCGCCGACAAGGCUUCGCUCUAUGGAUCGGCAGCGCACUAUUGAAUUAUUGCCAAUGUGGUAUCGUUUUCAAGUGCUCGCGGCACGAAACACUGAUGUUAAUACUGCUGUGUUGUUUUCCAUUAACUAUGGGGGGUUCCGGGGGCGUAGCCCCCGGGAAAAAUUUUGGAAAUCCCUGGCACAAAACGCUUGAUUUUUGACGUUGGUAAGGAGGGCACGGCGUGCUCCGCCGGGGUCACAACUGCUGGGGGCAGCCGUGGGCACGACACGCGGUCAGGUAGCCCGGCCUGCCAUGCUUCUACUUGCUGGGCGUGGGCGCUACACCUCCUCUGCCU